CGCCGGGGCGGGGGGCGCCGUGACGCGCGCCGUGACGCGCGACGCGGCGCGACGCGGUGACGCACGCCCCUUUGUUGGCUCAGUAGCGGCAGCGGCGGCCGUGGAGGUGGCGCUCGGGGCUGUUUUCUCUGAGCGGCCGGAGCGGAGCGGCGUCUGACUGAGGCGGGCGGCCGCAGGCCCUGGCCCCGUCCCGCCUCCUGCUGCUCCUGCUGCCGCCGCGCGCCCGUCCGCCCGCCGCCGCCGCCGCCCCGCGCCGGGGACGAGUCGCGGUUCGCGCGGCCGCCGCCGAGGCCUGCGCCCCGGACAGCCGCCGGAGCCGGAGCCGAGAAGCCGGGGCCUCGCUCGCGGUGUCCCCGCCCUCCCUCGUCUCCCCUCCUCCUCCCUCCCCGGGCCUCGGGCCCCGCCGUCGCGCCAUGGACUCGGACGAAGGCUACAACUACGAGUUCGACGAAGACGAGGAGUGCAGCGAGGAGGACAGCGGCGCCGAAGAGGAGGACGAGGACGACGACGAGCCGGACGAUGAUAACCUGGACCUGGGCGAGGUGGAGCUGGUGGAACCCGGGCUGGGCGUCGGCGGGGAACGGGACGGACUGCUGUGCGGGGAGACGGGCGGCGGCGGCGGCGGCAGCGCCUUGGGGCCGGGCGGCGGAGGUGGCGGAGGCGGCGGCGGCGGGCCGGGGCACGAGCAGGAGGAGGACUACCGCUACGAGGUGCUCACGGCCGAGCAGAUCCUGCAGCACAUGGUGGAGUGCAUCCGGGAGGUCAACGAGGUCAUCCAGAAUCCCGCAACUAUCACAAGAAUACUCCUUAGCCACUUCAAUUGGGAUAAAGAGAAGCUAAUGGAAAGGUACUUUGAUGGAAACCUGGAGAAGCUCUUUGCUGAGUGUCAUGUAAUUAAUCCAAGUAAAAAGUCUCGAACACGCCAGAUGAAUACAAGGUCAUCAGCACAGGACAUGCCUUGUCAGAUCUGCUACUUGAACUACCCUAACUCGUAUUUCACUGGCCUUGAAUGUGGACAUAAGUUUUGUAUGCAGUGCUGGAGUGAAUAUUUAACUACCAAAAUAAUGGAGGAAGGCAUGGGACAGACUAUUUCGUGUCCUGCUCAUGGUUGUGAUAUCUUAGUGGAUGACAACACAGUUAUGCGCCUGAUCACAGAUUCAAAAGUUAAAUUAAAGUAUCAGCAUUUAAUAACGAAUAGCUUUGUAGAGUGCAAUCGACUGUUAAAGUGGUGUCCUGCACCAGAUUGCCACCAUGUUGUUAAAGUCCAAUAUCCUGAUGCUAAACCAGUUCGCUGCAAAUGUGGACGCCAGUUUUGCUUCAACUGUGGAGAAAACUGGCAUGAUCCUGUUAAAUGCAAGUGGUUAAAGAAGUGGAUUAAAAAAUGUGAUGAUGACAGUGAAACUUCAAAUUGGAUUGCGGCCAAUACAAAGGAAUGUCCCAAAUGCCAUGUCACAAUUGAGAAGGAUGGCGGUUGUAAUCACAUGGUCUGUCGUAACCAGAACUGUAAAGCAGAGUUUUGCUGGGUGUGUCUUGGCCCUUGGGAACCACAUGGAUCUGCCUGGUACAACUGUAAUCGCUAUAAUGAGGAUGACGCAAAGGCAGCAAGAGAUGCCCAGGAGCGCUCGAGGGCAGCCCUGCAGAGGUAUCUGUUCUACUGUAAUCGCUAUAUGAACCACAUGCAGAGUCUACGCUUCGAGCACAAACUGUAUGCUCAGGUGAAGCAGAAGAUGGAGGAGAUGCAGCAGCACAACAUGUCGUGGAUUGAGGUGCAGUUCCUCAAGAAAGCUGUGGAUGUCCUCUGCCAGUGCCGUGCCACACUCAUGUACACUUACGUCUUCGCCUUCUACCUCAAAAAGAAUAACCAGUCCAUUAUCUUUGAGAAUAACCAAGCAGAUCUAGAGAAUGCCACAGAGGUGCUCUCGGGCUACCUCGAACGAGAUAUUUCCCAAGAUUCUCUGCAGGAUAUAAAGCAGAAAGUACAAGAUAAGUACAGAUACUGCGAGAGUCGCCGGAGGGUUUUGCUGCAGCAUGUGCAUGAAGGCUAUGAGAAAGAUCUGUGGGAGUACAUUGAGGACUGAGAGUGGCCCCGCAUAAAAUGAACUCUGAAAACUUUACCAUCUAGAGUGCUCAUGCAAUUAAAACAAAACAAACACAAACAAGGAGGCACUAAGCCUAUUCUGACACCACUGGUCUAUAGCACCAGAAUUCUGUUUUGUUAACGGAAAGUUUAAGUAAAUUAUAUUGUAAUAAAAAAAGGUAGAUAAACCAUUGUACAACAGUAUUCUAGGCCGCCAACAAAGUGUGACACACACUAAAAGCCCUCCAACUUUAACUUGUAACGUAGCUUCAUUCUCAAAGCUGACUCCUUGUUUAUUUUUCUUUUUCCUGAGUGUAGUACACUUAAAAAUUACCAACAGCUCCUUGACACUGCUUUUCAUGCCCAAACCAGCCGUUUUGUUGUACUUUGGUAAAGGCCUUCUUCCCUCUCCUACCCUGCACCACACAGUGCGCCCACACACACAGACUGAUUCUCUCAUACUCCAGGUCGUGAGUGAAUGAUGUACUCCUUGUGAAGCAGAUGCUUAGGACAGGAAAGAGGGUAGGCAGCACGAGGAUUAAACAAACAAAAAUACUUUGUAUAUGACUUUUAAAAACAAGAGGACAACACAGUAUUUUUCAAAAAUUGUAUAUAGCGCAUAUGCAUGGACAAAGCAAGCGUGGCACGUGUUUGCAUAAUGUUCAAUUACAAAAAUAUUUAUUCUUUAAAAAUCUUCAAGAUUAUGUCUAUUUGCUGUGCAUUUUCUUUUUCAGUUUGUUUAUCUUCCUGGGAUUGGGUUUGGGAUGGAAAGUGUGUACUGAUUGUCACUCUGAAGAUUCAGAGUAUUAGGCACCCCUUCCUGGUUGCUUGGCCCUUCUAGUUGCUGUUUCGGCCCCUGCCUUGAAUUCCCAGCUCUUGAUGGCAGGGAUGGGGGUGCCGCUUCCGGACUCCGUGCUGUGGCCAACAAGGGCUGCCAGGAGGAGUUGCGAUGCUGCAGUUCUCACGUGAUCCUGUCCCCAGCCUAAUCCCUGACGGCCUCCUGCCUCUCCCUUGUCCUGGUGCCCAUGUCCUGCACAUGGCCAUGGGCUGCCCAGGCACCCUUUCACAUCCAGAGGGAGCACUCAAAGCUUCUUUUUUCUUUUUGGUUUUCCCUUUGUUGCUGCUUUGAGCCUUUUAAGAUUUCAGUUGUGGCUCUUCACUCACCCCUGUCCUACUUAAGGCACCAAACCGAAUGUUUUUGCUUUAACUUUAAUAAAUACCCAUUCACUUAG